AGUCUGCUGCUGGGCCUCCCCUCCAGCAGGGGCGCUGGCGUCAGCAUCCGGCCACACGUCCUGUCGACAUGACAACACUGAGGCUGUUCACCUGCGACGACCUGUUCAAAUUCAACAACAUAAACUUGGACCCUCUGACAGAAACUUAUGGCAUCGCAUUCUACCUGCAGUACCUGGCUCACUGGCCGGAGUACUUCAUUGUGGCGGAGGCCCCAGGAGGAGAGCUGAUGGGCUACAUCAUGGGGAAGACAGAGGGCUCGGUGGCUCGCGAGGAGUGGCACGGACAUGUCACCGCGCUGUCCGUGGCGCCGGAGUUCCGGCGGCUUGGACUGGCUGCCAAGCUGAUGGAGAUGCUGGAGGAGAUCUCGGAGCGGAAAGGAGGCUUCUUCGUCGACCUCUUUGUGCGAGUCUCCAACCAGGUGGCCGUGAACAUGUACAAGCGCCUGGGCUACAGCGUCUACAGGACGGUGAUAGAGUACUACUCGGCCAGCAACGGCGAGCCGGACGAGGACGCCUACGACAUGAGGAAAGCUCUGUCCCGGGACACGGAGAAGAAGUCCAUCAUCCCGCUGCCGCAUCCGGUCCGACCCGAAGACAUCGAAUAACCUGGCGUGGCUCUCUGACUCCCCACCCCACCCAUGACAUCGUAGAGGAGCCCCAGUCAGGGAGCCACAGCGCUUUCACUUCCUGUCAAUUGGUAAUAAAACAUGAGACUUUCAGAUGCUUCUCUCAGCUCUCCCUCUCUGCUCCUGAUGUCCCCAAAGAAAAACAACGUCUGGAGUAGAUUUCAUGACUUUAAGUAACAAAAGAGCAUCAGUAGAAAAUCUAGUCUCCAUCGCUUCCUGGAUUCCUCUCUCCUCCCACCUCCUCCUUCUCCUCCUCCUCCUUCUCCUCCUCCUCCUCGCUGCUGCUGCUGCUGCUGCUGCUGCUGCUGUCGUCGUCCCGGUCGUCGUAUGCUCCAGUCUCUGGGUGUGAGUCGCUCUUCUGAGUCUCGGACGAAGGCGACGUCUCGCCGGUCAUCUCCACUUGGCUCUCCACCUGCUUCUUCCACAUGCGAGCCAUGGCCAGCAGCUUGAGGUUGGGCUGGUUGGCAGCGUCCUCGGGGAAGAUGUAGUCGUAGUACUCCUCCCAGCCGGCGUCCGACUGCAGGGGAGAGACAGCGCUGGUCA